CACAGGAAGAUCCACCUAGACCCAGCUUAUUCUCUUUGUCUGUCUUUUCUUCAUCCAUUCGCCGCCCUCACUCAGGCUUUCGAACCCUUGGCUGAGCUGGCUGGGCACAGCUAGGCAUCUGGAGCUUUCUGUCCUGGUCGCCUACAACAAGCCCUGGGAAAGAGGAACAAGCGAGAUUUAGCCACUGGCAGAACAAAAUAUCAUGAAUUUGAUGACUUCAGCAGGCUCCACAGCCAAUUCUGCGAUUAUGAUGGCACCCCACCACGGGUAUCCUGUGAACCCCGGAAGCAUGUCUCAGGUGCCCCAAUAUCCACUCAACCAACCCCAAGUCCACCAAAUUCCUGGGAACCAACCUGGUUUGGAGCCGCCUGUGUCAAUGCAACCUGCCCAGAGAUCCUUAAAAGAGGGCAAAGUUUUAGGGGCCAUCCAGAUCCUGAUCGGCCUGAUACACAUUGGCCUCGGCAGUGUCAUAGGCAUGGUUCUCUGGUACUACACCGCUGUCUCAUUCUACGGAGGCUAUCCCUUCUGGGGAGGCAUCUUGUUCAUCAUUUCAGGAUCCCUCUCAGUGGCAUCAGAACAGCUACCAAGAUCUUCUUGCCUGGUAAAGUCACAAAUGGGAAAGAUAAACGCCAGUGCAAUCUUCUCUAUGUUCGGAAUCAUGCUCUUCAUCACAGAUAUGGGCUACAACUCCAUAUGUGGGAUCAUGAGUGCCUUUGAUUGCAGUACAGUGGGCUCUGGAAUAGUUUCUUCUGCCGUGCUGUUCGUCUUUAGCCUCCUGGAGUUCUGCAUUGCCUGCACAUCUGCCCAUUUUGACUGCAAACUGCUCAGCUAUUUACAUACCAAUAGAACUGUGGUCUUUCAAACCGUCUAUGUGACAAACCCAGUGGCCAAUUCAGAACCAGUGAACUCUCCGCCAUCUUAUUCCAGGGAGAUCCAGGACUUCAAAUAAGCCAAAGGUUCUAGAAGCAUAUUUCACUGGAACCAAAAGAACUCCCUUUCUGGGCUUCUGAAACUCAGCUUCUUCCUCCCCUGACAAACUAAGGAAAAUGUCUUUCCAGCUGUUGGCACCCUGUACUUCAUUCACUUCAGCUUGGUUAAUCAUGCUGUUCUGCCAUUUAAAAGGAGGCAGAACUUUAAAGUGGAUUUGAGCAAGAGGUCUUCCCUAGGACAUCCACCUGUGGGAAGUCUAGUGCACAUAUUCAUGUGCUUACCUGUGUGAGCUUAUGAGCUAGUGAAACAAAUGUCUAGACAACCCCAGCUUCAUUCUCCCAAUCAUUCACUCACUGAAUAAAAGUGCACUGAGCAUUUGA